CAUAUCCAGGUCCAUGCAGCGACUGUCCGGGUGUCCUCUGUCCCCGCUCAGCAUGUCUCUGUCGGUGUCCCUUCUGCGACUCGUCCCGCUGCUGCUGCUGCUCGGAGCGGGACAGCGAUGUCUCGCAGCCCGUCCGUUACUCGUUUUCCUGAUCGAUGGCUUUCGGUAUGACUACAUGGACGAUCUUCACGCGCUACCUGGAUUUGCCGAGCUCGCGAGCAAUGGAGUGAAAGUGGACUACAUGACGCCAGACUUCCCGAGUUUAUCCUACCCGAACUACUACUCGCUGAUGACAGGCCGUCACUGUGACAUUCAUCACAUGACUGGAAACUACAUGUAUGAUGAAGCCUCCAAGAAGGAGUUUCUGAUUGGGACCAACCUGGACAGCCGGCUGCCUCUCUGGUGGGACGGAUCAGAGCCGCUGUGGGUCACCCUGCAGAAACUGGGACAGAACGUCUUCAUGUACUACUGGCCUGGCUGCGAGGUGGAGAUUUUGGGUGUCCGUCCAUCAUUCUGUGAGGAAUACGUCUACAACCCAACAGAGAAAAACCUUACAGACUCCAUGGAAAAUGCACUCAAUGUCCUGAGGUCAGGCCAAGCGGGCAUGGCAGCAAUAUAUUACGAGAAAAUCGAUGUUGAGGGCCAUCACUUUGGUCCAGACUCUCAUCAGGUCAGAACAGCUGUGCGACAGCUGGAUCUCGCCAUGCAGACGCUCAACAGCAAAAUCAAAGAGAAAAACAUGGUGAACGAGCUGAACAUUGUGCUGUUUUCAGACCAUGGCAUGACAAAGCUGCAGUGGAUGGAGAAGGUCAUAGAGCUAGAAAAGUAUAUCAACAUGUCAGCCAUCAUCAAGAUGAUGGACAGAGGGCCAGUGGUCAGUCUGUGGCCCAAAGACAACAAGUACCAAGAGGUAUAUGCUGCAUUGUCCCAGGUGCCUAACAUGCGUGUCUAUGCCAGACAGGAGAUCCCUGAGCGUUUCCAUUUCAAAGGAGGGAAGUUUGUUUCCCCCCUGACGCUGGUGGCUGAGCCCGGCUGGUUCAUCACUGAGAACAAGGAAAAACUCCCAUACUGGAAAAAUGACUCCGGAGAGCCCUCAGCAUGGCAAAAUGGUUGGCAUGGUUACGACAAUGAGUUCAUCGACAUGAGAGGCUUUUUCUUGGCGAUGGGACCUGACUUCAAGCGAAACUUUCGGGCAGGUCCAAUUCGAGCGGUGGACGUCUACAAUGUAAUGUGCCGGACGCUGGGAGUGAAACCGUUGCCCAAUAAUGGGUCCUGGUCUCGGGUAGAGUACUUCCUGAAUGGGUCUGAUGGUCCAUCCCAGCCCACAGCCCUCUGCUGUAUGUGUUUGUUAGGAAUACUGCUUGCACUGUGGAACUAAAGUAUUUAUGGCUUCUGAUGGUAGCUAGAAACAAUGUGCUAGAAAGACAUAGAGCAUUAAACCACGUAAUCGGUCAAUGUAUCGAAACCUUGAAAUGGUAAGAGCAUCCUCGAGGACCAAGAACUUGAAGCUUUAAAGGGCGUGGAGAGUUUUCAGUGAUCUCAUCCCAAAUCCUGUAAUGGACCGGGGAAAAGAAUCCUACAUACCCUUAACACGGCAGCACCUUGUGCAGUAGCCUCGGCCACCAGUGUGUGAAUGGGUGAAUGUGACAAUGUAAUGUGAAAGUGCUUUGAGUGGUCAAUAACACUAGAAAAGUGCUUUACAAGUAGAGUCCAUUUACUUAUAGAGGACUUCCAUUCUGGAUCCUUAAGAGGCCAAAACUAACAUUGUCAUUCUUCUGCGGGUCUCCAUCUCAUCAUCUCAUCUUCUCCGUCUCAUCAGUGCGCUGAUGUCUGAAGUAGUGCAUACCUGAAAAGUCCAGAAAAUAACUAAAUUGGAUUGAAUUUUACAUUAAUGCAGUUUCUCUACCAUUCUUAUGAAAAAUGAGAGGUUGGAGAUACAGCAUGUCAGAAGGAUUUGUAUUCACUAAUGCAUGUGUUCAGAGUUUCUGGUGCUUUAUAGUUUAUUACAGAUAUAGAUCUUCCUUGUAUUUGUUCACAUACUUGGCCAGUAAAAUCUGAUUUUGGGCUAUUCAUUUCAGAAAAGGGUCCUGAAAACAACUAGCUUUUUUGACUUCACAGGUAAAAUAGGAAUUUCUUGAAAGAACUGCUCCAUUUAAACUCAGCAUUGUCAUUAACCCUUUGAAACCUGAGCAAACUGGCUCAAUUUCUUUUAAAAACAUAGGAA